GGGGCGCUGCGCACCCGCACCGCGCUCAGCGCCGCGGUUUUAUUUAUAGCAGGGCUGGAGAGCGGCGGCGCUGGAGCCCGGAGCGCUGUGGAGCCCCGCUGAAUCCUGCUGAGCCCGCAGCCCUGCUGGAGCCCUAUUGAUUCCCCGUGAGCCCUGCCGAUCCCUGCUAUCCCGGAGCGCUGUGGGUCCCUCGGGAUGGCGGUGGCCGGCAGGUGAACAGCGCCAGCGGCGGAGGGGAGCGGGAGCUCGGGGUGCGGGUGUCUCACAGUUUCUGAUCUUCAGUUCCACUCCUGUGUCAUGGAUGAAACCGCUUUGUCCCUCGGAACAAUAGAUGUUUCCUAUUUGUCCGCCUCAGCAGACUGCAGCAUCAGUAGAUGUAAGCAUUCCAGUGAAGAAUGGGGAGAGUAUAACUCUCGUCCCACUCUCUUCCGAUCUGCUACUUUAAAAUGGAAGGAGGCUCUGCUGAGCAGAAAAAGGCCGUUUGUGGGACGAUGUUGCUAUGUAUGCACUCCCCAGAGCCGGGAUAACUUCUUCAAUUCUAGUAUUCCUUCUUUGGGUCUACGUAAUGUUAUAUAUAUCAAUGAAACACACACAAGGUACAGGGGGUGGCUUGCAAGACGGUUUUGUUAUGUCCUUUUUGUGCAAGAGAGGGAUGUUCAUAAGGGUAUGUUUGCCAAGAAUCUGACAGAAAAUGUGCUGAAUAACAGCAGAGUCCAGAAGGCCAUAGUAGAUGAAGCUUCUGAACCAAGUGCUCCAGGUAGUUUUGCUCAAACGGAUCCUAAAGCUAUCAACAAAGUGAAGAAGAAAGCUAGGAAAAUUCUCCAAGAAAUGGUAGCAAAUGUGUCACCUGCUUUAAUCAGGUUGACUGGCUGGGUGUUACUGAAGUUGUUUAACAGCUUUUUCUGGAAUAUCCAGAUCCACAGAGGUCAAAUAGAAAUGGUCAAAGCAGCAACAGAGAUGAAUUUGCCUCUUAUCUUUUUGCCUGUUCACAAAUCCCACAUUGACUACCUGCUUCUUACGUUCAUUCUUUUCUGCCACAACAUCAAAGCACCCUACAUUGCUGCAGGGAACAAUCUCAACAUCCCCAUUUUCAGCACGUUGAUCCGCAAGCUAGGAGGGUUUUUCAUUCGUCGGAAGUUGGAUCAGAGUCCUGAUGGUCGUAAGGACUUCCUCUACAGAGCUUUGCUCUAUGUGCACAUAGAAGAACUGCUGAGACAGCAGCAGUUUUUAGAAAUAUUCUUGGAAGGCACACGGUCUCGAAGUGGAAAGACAUCUGGAGCUAAAGCAGGUCUUUUAUCUGUGGUAGUGGAUGCUCUCUUCUCAAAUGCUACUCCUGAUGUCCUAAUUAUACCUGUGGGAAUCUCCUAUGAUCGCAUAAUUGAAGGUCACUAUAACAGUGAACAGCUGGGCAAGCCCAAGAAGAAUGAAAGUCUUUGGAGUAUAGCUAGAGGAGUCUUCAGAAUGCUGCGGAAAAAUUAUGGUUGUGUCAGAGUAGAUUUUGCACAACCAUUUUCCUUAAAAGAAUAUGUAAACAGCCAAAGCCAAAAACCUGUGCCUGCUCCUCUUUCUUUGGAACAAGCUUUGUUACCAGCUAUACUUCCAUCAAGACCUAAUGAUACUGUGGAUGAAAGUGCAGCGGCCUCGCUGCCCAACUCCAGGGAUAUCACCUGUGAACCCUUCAGAAGAGAGCUGAUAUCCAACUUGGCUGAGCAUAUUUUGUUCAGUAAGUUCUUUCAGGGAACUGAUCUUUCCAGGUUGGUAGAAGAUUUCUUCUCCAUGAAGGAGGAGGUCUUAGCCCGUGACUUUGACUUGGGAUUUUCAGGGAACUCAGAUGAUGUUGUCAUGCAUGCCAUCCACUUGUUGGGGAACUGUGUAAAUAUCACAAACACUAGCAGAAACAAUGAGUUCUUCGUCACUCCCAGCAUAACGAUACCUGCUGUCUUUGAACUCAACUUCUACAGCAAUGGAGUAUUUCAUGUAUUCAUUAAAGAGGCCGUUAUUGCCUGCAGCCUUCACGCAGUUCAGAGUAGGAGGUGCAGAAAUGGCACCAGUGGUGCUUCUCCCAGUUUGAUCAGUCAAGAGCACCUGGUCCGAAAGGCUGCCAGCCUGUGUUACUUGCUCUCUAAUGAAUUUAAUGUGUCUUUGCCCUGCCAGGUCAUCUAUCAAGUUUGCCAUGAAUCCGUGGAAAGGCUGAUACAAUAUGGGAUUCUUCUGGUGGCCGAGCAGGAUGAUCAGGAGGAUGUUAGCCCCAGUCUUACAGAACACCAGUGGAAUAAAAAACUCCCUGAGCCAUUAUCUUGGAGAAGUGACGAGGAAGAUGAAGACAGCGAUUUUGGAGAAGAGCAGAGAGAUUGCUACCUGAAGGUGAGCCAGUCUCAAGAGCACCAGCAGUACAUCACUUUCCUGCAGAGAUUAUUGGGACCUUUACUGGAGGCAUAUAGCUCUGCUGUCAUCUUUGUGCACAAUUUUAGUGGUCCUGUUUUAGAAUCUGAAUAUAUUCAAAAGCUGCACAAGCACUUAAUAAGCAGGACGGAGAAGAACGUUGCUGUAUAUGCUGAGAGUGCUACCUACAGUCAUGUGAAAAAUGCAGUGAAAGUGUUCAAGGAAAUUGGGGUUUUCAAACAGACACAGCAAAGCAAAGACACCAUUUUGGAACUAAGCACGACGUUCCUACCUCAGCGCAACCGGCAGAAACUACUGGAAUUCGUCAUGAGCUUCAUGGUAUUAUAGACCACGUACAGCACCUUGUCCAGGGACACGAAGACAGGUUUUGAGACUGUGGCAAAGCCUGGGGACAUUUGCUAAUCCUUCAAAGUGUAAGGUGCCACUGUCUGGGUAAGGCCUUCUCUGACUUGAACUACUGGAAGACAAGUGCCUUCUUGUAUUUGCAUUUAUGGGUUUCUUACAGUCCCAGUCCUGUUGUAAUACAGCGAUACUCAGAUGACACUUUGGAUACAAGUAAUUAAAGAAAUUGCAAAAAAAAAAAGGAUAAAUUAUUACAAUUAGAUGUAAAAUGAAGAGUGAAGUUUUAUCAGUGUUACAUUUUAAAUACACUUUUAAAGACUGUAACAAGUGCACAAGUACACACAUUAGUGAUCUGUAGCUAAUCCUGAGAUCUUGAGUUUAGUGGCAACACAGGUUAUGGCAUAAACAAGUAACUUUCAUUCAAAUUCCGUUUUAUUGUUUUAAAUAAAUGGUUUAAAAUUUUUGCCUAGGCAGGCUAUAUAUUUCAUGGAUAAAGCCAUAGUUUUUCAUAAAUGUUAACAUAAAUGCCAAAAUUCUAAUGAGAAUUACAAUUACAGACAUCUGAGAAUAACCAUCAUGUAGCAGAAGAUUGUGAGAAACGUCAGCAGGCACACCUUGCACUAUUAGAGCUGUGUAGUGCAGUGGUAAAUUGCACUAAUCACUGCUGUCAGGAAGAAUGUGAGAGUAAGUGUUCUUGUUUUUAUUGUGGCAUCUGUCACUCAGCCAGGUGAAAGUCAGGAGACAGUUGCCUGAAUGUGAAUAUCUUAUCUUAGAUUAUUAUUUAAUUGAAAAAAACUGUUAAGUUUGGGGAGUGUUUUGUUUGUUUGUUUUUUAAUUAAUAGAAUGUCAGAUUUUUUUUUUAAGUGGAGUAAAGGCUUGAUUUGGUGAAAUAAUUUUUAAUUUUGGCUCUGAAAAUUUCAGCAAUAACUUCAGCAAUUCUUUGGAAACAAAUGUUCAUAUUGUAUUCUGUUGCUGAACAGAUCAGAAUUGGCAUGAAGUAGUACCGCUAGAAACACAGAAAUAUAAACAGUGUAUUUUUGACUGUGAUCUAACUGACAAAAAAAAUAUAAUUCAUAAACAAAACUGAAUGAUGAAUAAAUUCUGUCCUAUGAAGCAGGACUCUGGUCUUGCAAUUUGAUCCUUUUGCAUGGAGGACUUGCACUGUAGAUUUCGUCUUCUCUUCAUGUGAGUGGAGAUCAGAUUGCAACUUGUAGUCCUGUAUUUUAGUAACAGCUGUUCCAGCUGAAGCAGUACCUUGGUGGUAUGUGAAGCUGGUUUGCUUGUGAAAUGUGUUUUCCCUCCUUUAGAUUGCCUUCUACAUAAGGUGAUACUUCUAGAUGAGGGAAAUCAAACAUUUCAGUUACUGCAUUGCUUUUGCUUGAUUCUCAUGUCCUGGCCUUGUGAGCAGAAAAUCCCCCAAACUUCAUCAUGUAAUCUCUGUUGCUUAACAUAAAUAUGGAAAAGCAUACUUGAAUCCCAGCACUUGCACUGUUAUGCCAGCACAAAACUGAUGCACAGAAAUUAGACUUUGUGGCCGAGGACCUUGCAUUUGUACUGCACAUUUGUCAACAAGAAUAUUUCUGUAAAUUUUUUUAUUAAAUGCUAUUAAUAUUUGAAACCUGCAGUUUAUAGUUUGUUAGCAUUAUACUGUUAGCACUGUGAGACGCAUGUGUUUUGUCACUAAACCAGGUGCUCUACAACACUUAAAGAAUUUCUGAACCAAAGCUACAUUAAUGUGGAUAAACACUGACCCUAGAGUCGCUUGUGUUCCUAUGUCCUUCUGCUGUCUCAGCAGGACAGUGGCUACAUCGCACAUAAUUUUUGUGAAGUCUUCUAACAUAAGGAAGCAGUUUCAUCUCAUAUUCUCUGAUGUGCACUGUUCCUUCACCUGAUGAAUUCUCCAUACAACGUUUGUUGCUGAUGGCUUCCAUUUAAUGUCAAAAAAAGACUAGGUGCUUCUGAAUAACAAGCUCUCAUAGUUUACUGCAUUUCAGUAAAUCUGGAGUGUACUAACAGCGAAGAUUGUACAUAAAAGUUUUUUAAAAAUGAAGCAAUAUGAAGCAAACAAAACUUGGGGCAUUUUAUUACUAUGUUUUGCCAAUGGAGGUAUUAGUUACCAUAAAACCCAGGAGUACUGUGGUCACUGGAGUGUUCUGGCUAGGUGUUGCAACUAAGAUACUUUAUGGCUUAUAUUAAAAAAAAAAAAAUAAAAAAAUAAAUCUGGUUAAUAUAAAUCAGUGAGUGGGUAGGGCAAUAAUGCAUGUGAAUACACAUUAAUGAAUACAUAUAUAUGCAGAGGGAGGGGGCACCUCUAAAAUUGGUUUAUUUUGUAUGGAAAAAACCUGCAUGUGGGAGAUGGGUACUACGAAUCAUAUGGCACUGGAAGCCUUUGCAUUCUGCUGCAAGUGUGUAUGUACACAUGUAUAUAUGCAAGUGUGUAUGUUAUGACACACAACAUCUAUGCUUUUCCCUGAAAUUAAAGCACAGAAUAUAAAAUUAUCAGCCUGUAACAAUCAAAAACUAAACCCAACACUUGCACUGUAUUUACACCUUCAGUGUCUUAUGAUUUUAUUAACUUCUCAUAUUUCCUUUGCUGAUAGAAAUCCAGGUUGAGUUGAUUUUGGUAAAGUUAACCAGUAAAGAAGAAAGGACUGGCCCUGAAUUACCACAAAUGUAUUUUAAAACUCUUAUAAAGACUUACAUGAAUCUCAUUGUUCAUAUGAGCAUAAUACUCAGGUGUGCAAGUCUUUUUGGGCCAGGAUCUUUCAUGAUGUGAGAAAAUAAAUCUUUCCAUACAUAUCCUGUAGAUCUCACAUUUUUAGAGUGAUGGAAAUGCAGAAUCCCACUUGCCGUGCUGCCACAGCAAUCCAGGGCCCCACUGAUCAUAGUCUUGUUAGUGUAUUUACUUUCUACUGACACUGAGGUUGGAGGCACAGCUGCCUUCCCUUUGACAGCAUAGGGCUUUACUCACCCCUCUCUGACUAGGAAGCAUAUGCACACACUUGCAUUCAACUGCCUGCUCCACAGAGAAGCAUCUGAGUCACCAGUGUAGAAGAAUGUUGAGCUGGGAGGUGAUAAUAAGAUACUGUUGCUGUUGUGUUUCUGUGCUAUUGAGCCAGGAACUUCUGACUUGAGAAUGUUACCACGUUUUACCUGUUAUGUGUAAUGCCGUGUCUGUUUUAGAAGCACAGAGGUGUACUGGAGUCAUUUUAAUAAAUUAAACUGUUUGCUAAUAUGACA